CAGGUGAGUUUGGUGAGAGUCGGAAUGAAAUAUUCAGACUGAACUUCAUCUGCAUGUUGCACCUUAUCCCCUUCCUGCUUAUACAAAACUCUGCUCUUUCACCACGGCUUCAAUCUAUACUGCCCGGCCCCCAGCCAAUCAGGUCAAAAGUGAAACUGAGCUAUGAACCACUUUUACUGGUGACUUCUUCCUAUCUGUCUGUGGACUAAAACUAUCUGAUUUCAAACUUUUGGGCAGCAACGAGGUCUCUUUAAGAGAGAUCGAUCGCAAGAGAUAUUUCAUCAAAAUCUGAAUGCAUGAAUCCACUGUAGCUUGUUUGAAAGGAGUCUGUGGUGAAGAAUGUUUCUGCUAAAAACCUUGUGUUUUUUGCUGCUGUCAUGUCACCUCAUCGAUGGGAGGAAAACCAGGGAAGGCAGAGUUGGCAAAGUGGUCCCAGAGGAGAGGACUGUUCUGAAGGUAAAAGAGCCUCAUGUCAGCAGUGCAGUGUUCCGGCUGUUUUUGGGAGGUGAAGACACCUGCACGCUGGACCCUCUGCAGCUGCACACCCUCACCUCCUGCGGCUUCAACAGCAGUAAUCCCCUCAUCAUCAUCACUCACGGGUGGUCGGUGGAUGGUAUGAUGGAGAGCUGGAUUCUAAGAUUAGCCAAAGCUCUCAAGAGUUCCCGAGUCGACACAAAUGUGGUGAUCACAGACUGGCUGAUUCUGGCUCACCAACACUAUCCCAGAGCAGUGACGAGCACCCGCACCGUUGGAAAAGACAUAGCCCACCUCCUCCAAACACUUCAGGAGGAGUACAGGUUCCCAGUGAGAAAAGCUCAUUUAAUUGGUUACAGCCUUGGUGCUCACAUCUCUGGAUUUGCUGGAAGCUAUCUGGGAGGUUCGGAGAAGAUUGGAAGAAUAACUGGUCUUGACCCAGCAGGGCCACUGUUUGAGGGCAUUUCUGCGACAGACAGACUGUCUCCUGAUGAUGCAGAGUUUGUGGACGCCAUCCAUACCUUCACUCGUGAACGACUGGGCUUCAGCGUCGGCAUCAAACAAGCUGUGGCCCAUUACGACUUUUACCCCAACGGAGGAGAUUUCCAGCCAGGGUGUGACCUGCGAAACCUCUACGACCACAUAAGCGAGCACGGUCUCCUUGGAUUUGAACAAACAGUGAAAUGUGCUCAUGAGCGCUCUGUCCAUCUAUUCAUCGACUCUCUCUUAAACAAAGACAAGCAGAGCAUGGCUUAUAGGUGUACUGACAACAACGCUUUUGUCAAGGGGAUCUGCCUCGACUGCAGGAAGAAUCGCUGCAACACACUGGGCUAUGAUAUCAAGAAGGUCCGCACAGGCAGGAGCAAGAAGCUCUAUCUGCAAACAGGAUCCCGGAUGCCUUUCAAACUCUUUCAUUACCAGUUCAGGAUCCAGUUUGUCAAUCAGAUGGAGAUGGUUGACCCCUCCAUCACCAUCUCACUCACAGGAACUAAAGAGGAGAGUGGAGAGCUUACCAUCCCAAUCAAUAACAAAGUAUCGGGUAACACAACCUUCACCUUCUUGAUUACCCUGGACAAAGACUUGGGCGACCUGAUGUUGCUCAAGUUUUACUGGGAGAGUUCAGCUGUGUGGAGGAACAUGUGGAACCAGCUACAGACCAUCUUCACUUGGGGCAAACAAGUGGAAAAACCGCAGCUGACUCUGGGAAAAAUCAGUGUCAAAGCAGGAGAGACACAGCACAGGACUUCAUUCUGUGCCAUGGAAAAUGAUGGACAACAUGUAGAAGAGUCUCAGGAGAAAGUGUUUGUGCGCUGCAAAGAAAACACUACAAAAACACAGAAGAGAUUAUAACUAAUGGACUUUUUUGGGUUACCCAAAUCUUUUCACUUACAGUAAUAAUGAAUAAAUUAGAUUUAAAAUGUUUCAUAUCCAUAAGGAAUUGCAAUAUUUUGAUGAUCAGAAUUUAUGUAAAUGAUCAAAAAUAAACUUUUAGAACUAUAUUUGCAUUUUGUAAAGAUUUGA